UACACUUGUCGAGCCAUCACUUUAAGGCUGAUCAGCAAACAGGGACCUCUGACAUGCCAAACGAUUGCUACGUUCAAGGGUCUCUAUCGAUGCCACGAACUCAGAUCUCUCGCGGCACCCAGCCACUGGAGUUUCAAGCUAACGCUCCUGGUCGGCUCUCCUCCAGCUAUCCACGCAAAACAGAUACUCAACAACUGCAAAACUAUUUGACGGGUCUCUGGCCUGUUGGGCAAGAUGAACUCGCCUCUCCCCCUCUCUUGAUGCAUCCAUACCGCCUUCCAGCUGACUGAGGCUUUGAUGCAGUUAAGCUGUGGGCGGCCGAGUCGAGUCCACGACUAGGCUGGCCGCUAAUGCACCAGCAAUUCGGGAUGCAAGUCAACCUCAGCCGUACACCUAAAGCCACCUAUCAUAUGAGUCCAUGUGGCUGGCAGCUUGUGCUGCGGUCGAUCGA